AAAAACAUGGAAUCGCCGGACCGAUAUCUCCCCUUGACAAUUAAAUUGCUCCCCACGAAUCUUUCAAUGCAUAAAUAAAAAAUAAUUUAUGUAACUCUAAAAAUACAUUGCGUAAUCUCGAAUUGUGCCGGGUCACGAUUGUCACGCUCGAUAGAUAGUCCCUCCCCAAAGACUCGAGACUCGCGUAAAUAAUAAAUAGCAAAAACAGUGGUGAUUGUUGUACUGUAGAAUUUAUCGAACGUCAAGGGGAUCGAUCCAGAAACAAAUGAGUCGCUUUGUCAGUCGCGCCAUUUCCGUUGCCGGACGAUCGACGUUCAGUUGCUUCACACGAUCACUUCACGUAUCACCGAGAAAUAUGGUUAUCGCUGUUGGAGAUAAAGUGCCUGCGGUGGACCUCUACGAGGAUUCCCCCGCCAACAAGGUCAAUCUUGCCAAAACUGCGGCUGGAAAGAAAAUCAUUGUUUUUGGAGUUCCAGGAGCUUUUACGCCAGGAUGUUCCAAGACUCAUCUCCCCGGAUUUGUGCAGAAAGCUGAUGAAUUGAAGUCUAAAGGAGUUUCUGAGAUCUUUUGUGUCAGUGUGAACGAUCCAUUCGUGAUGGCUGCUUGGGGAAAGGAUCACCAAGCUGAUGGAAAAGUGAGAAUGCUGGCUGACACCAAUGGCGAAUUCGCGAAGGCUGCGGACCUCGCCAUGGACCUCCCAGUCCUCGGUGGCACUCGGUGCAAGCGCUUCUCCAUGGUCGUCGAGGAUGGAGUCGUCAAGGAGAUCAACGUCGAACCUGACAACACCGGUCUCAGCUGCUCACUCGCUGACAAAAUCAAAGUCUAAUAAAAUCCAGUGUUCAACGAUUCCUUAGUUUACCACUGAUUCAUUGAUUGAUGAGAGAAAAUUAAUCCACGUUGUCACUACAAUCUACAUAUCCAUGUGAUUCUUUCGUUGCACAUAUCUCAACUCCUACUUCGAUUUUUUCACGUUUUCCUUAUAUUUAGAUGUUUAGGUUUCAAUUUAUCAAUUGACUGAAACAAAAAUGUGAAUGAUGAAAGAUGAUGAAAAAUAAAAUAUGGAGAAAUGAAAACAAUCUGUUCAAUUUUCUCAGGUUAUGAAUGGAAAUCAGAUUAAUAAAUCAAUUGAAUAAA